GCUUUUGUACUUAGCUUAUCCAAGUAUCAUCUUUUCGAUUCCUAAUCAGACAAGAAGGUGUAAUCAUCUACACUCGCUCAGCAUCCAUUCGCCCAUUUUCUCACCCAAUCCCUUGCAUCUUUAGAUUUCAUCCGUUUCCCCAGCUUACUACGUCCGUACUAUUUCCGAAACAAUGGGCAAAAGACAUAUACUUUUCGUCCUCAGCCUCAUUGCCCGAUUCGGCACAGCUGCCCUUGACUCUACAGAGCUUAUCAGGGCCUUGCCUGAGGCGUAUUGCUUUACCUACCUGUCGACUUUCCUUCAGCUGGUUCCUCUCCCGACUAGCGACGUCCCCCCUGGUGCCAUUGUGACUGUCAUCGGCGGAACUACUGUCACCAUCCCGGCCAUAAACUCAACGGUACCUGAUACCGUGACCGUCAUUGGGGGAACUACUGUUACCGUCACUGGCUCUGGGACCACCCUCACUGGCUCUAGAACCACUGUUAUAGACUCUAGAACCACGGUUACAGGCUCCGGAUCUACCGUUACAGGCUUUGGAACCACCGUCACCACUACCAUAACGUCUCGCUCAUCUGCCUCAGCCAGCGCCACUUCCAGUUCUGUUAUCUUUUUUAUUAACCCUAUGCCUGUCAUCACCAAGCGAGGUCUCCAGAAGAGGGACUAUGGUGGCUUCCUUAACAACAAAAUUACUAGCAAUCGCGGCAGUUGCAGCUUUGCCACCAUCUUCACUAUCUCCCUAGGCAAGCUCCUUGACGCCGGCAACCCCAUUUUCUACAGCCCUAGUGAGGCUUAUAAGGAAUUACGUAAUACCGGCGUCCCACCCGCUAACACUAUAACCGACACCUUUGACGAUAACAACGGCGUCCUCCGCUUCACCAACCCGAGCCUCCCAAACGGCCAAGCAAACUUCUGCCAGGUUUCGACCGGCCAGGUCUACCUCACAUUCAACUCUACAGGGCCUGCUGGCUGCCAGCCUGUCCUUCUGUACGCCUACAGAACCGAUGAGUGUGUUAACGGCCAGAUCGUCGGCGCUUUGCUUCCUACGGGAUCAUUCCUUCUGCCCCCAUCCUUGUCCACAUCGUCUGUAACGUUUACUGGCUCUGCUCUGACGUCCGGUUCCUCCACUACUACCUUAUCCCCUUCUUCUACGACAUCUGGUUCUUUAGCAUUCGGUUCUUCUACGGCAUCUGUCACUUCCACAAGUACCUCAUCUGCCUCUUUUGUCAGCUCUGGUUCUAGUCCUUCUACAAGCACGUCGCUUGACCCUACUAUAAUCUCUUCUCAAUCUCUCAGCAGUAGUAGCUCUACUAGUCUAACAAUAUCUUCACCUUUCACAUUAACAUCUAUAUCCUUAACAUCUACGUCUUCAUCCUUACUAUCUACGUCUUUAUCCUUACCCUCUACGUCUUCAUCCUUACCAUCUACGUCUUCAUCCUUAACGUCAACAUCUGCAUCCCUGACAACUACAUCCCAAACAUCUAUAUAUACAUCCUCAACAUCUAGUCCAACCCCUUCAGCUCAACCAGUGAGACGUGCUCCCUGUUUACAGCAAACAGACCCCUAUAUUCUGUCAAACGGACGCCAAGUUCACAGAUACUGCCAAAAUCUGUAUCAUGGAUCAAAUAGCCGAUUAGUACAGGUUUUACCCUGGAACAGUGACUAUGGGUCAUGCGCUGAGUACUGCGUAACAAACUACCCUAGUUUUAGCGUAUUUGUAUAUUCAUCUCCUACGGAUUCAAAUCUUUGUGAGUGCUGGACUGGAAGUGCUUUCUAUUAUGGGUCUUAUAACUACUUUGACACAGGAGUUCUUAUAUAGCCCUAGAGCUUUUCGUACUCAAUAUACUACAAUGUGAUUA